UCGAAGUAGAAACCGGAAUUCAUGCAUUACUGUGUUCCGUGACCAGCACAUGUCUUAAAAGUCAUCCAAUGAGACGAUGAGGCAAAGGUUGAAGUGCAGCAACGCUCUCCGUCCUGCCAGUGUUUUCCUGCCUUUGUGAGGCAGUGAAAGCGGAAGGUGCUGCGAGAAAUGGGGAGAAGGGGAUCAGCUUGAUUAGGAAUUUCUUCGCCGACGCAGCUCACCAUGGGUAUCUCCCACUGGCUCCUGGCUGCUGUGCUCUUUUUGCCGCUCUCUGUAACAGCACAGCAAGGAUGUUCUGUCUCCAACAGCAAUCCCAGUGUUCCUGAAAACAACCUUCCUGGACAUGUAGUGACCACCAUCUCUUUGCAACCAGAUUACACUGUAACUAUUGAUCCUACCUCACUGGAUGCCAGUCAUUUUAUCAUCAAUGGGUCUGAGCUGCAGCUGGUCAGUAGUGUGGACUAUGAGAGGGACGCUGUGCUGUUAGUGACCUUGAUAUGUGAGAAAGGUGCUGUGGAGAGUUACAGCCUGACAAUUACUGUGACCAUUAUCAAUCUGAACGACAACAGCCCAGUGUUUAAGGAAACGAGCGUCACCAAAGUUGUACCUGAGGAUGCAAAAGUGAAUUCAACCAUUAUAGCCCGUGAAAAUGUAAGUGCUACUGAUGCUGACCUGGACAUCAUCUACUAUAAACUCAAUUCGACGGUGCAGAACACCAGCGAUUAUUUUGCCAUAAGAGGAGUCAAUAACCCUGAAAUCUACUUACAAAAAGCGUUGAAUUAUGAAAAAUUUAACUCCACAACAUUGCUCCUGUACGCAAUGGACAAUACUGAGGGCACAAACGCAAUCAUUCAUACAGCUACUGCAACAAUAAACAUAAUUAUUGAGCAAGCUGACACCAGACCUCCCUGGUUCCUACCCUGCACCUUCAUUGAUGCUGACAGAAGCAUUUGCAUUGGCAGCACCUAUACUGGGAGAGUCAAUAUGUCCGAGAUGUCGACUGAACCACUCACCUUGGAGCCAGGACCCAUCUAUGCUAUUGAUCCUGACUACAUGUUUAAUGAAAAGAUUGUGUACAGUAUUGUCGGUGGGAAUGCAGAUAACGUUUUCUCAGUAGAUGCAGACACAGGAAAUCUCACUAUGAACAAAGUAGCAACUUCUCCAAAUUCCUACCGACUGCAGGUGAUGGCCACUCAAGUCAACAACAAACAGAAAUACUCCAUAGCCAAUGUAGAAAUUCAGGUCAUCAAUAAGAGUAACCAUGCACCAUACUUCGAGUCCAGAACCUAUGCAGGGACAGUGUUUGUUGGUCUGAACCCAAGGAGCUUUGUCUUCCAAGCUGGUGAUUCUUCAAGCCCCCUGAUGAUAGCAGCACUGGAUGACGACUUCCCUGAUAAAGUCAACCCAAACAUUGAGUACUACAUAAGGAACAGCACUAAUUUCAUUGCAACCAAAGAUGGACUCAUCCUGACUAACGUGAUGCUGCAGUCACCAGGGACUGCAAUCAUGGAGGCUGUUGCAAAAGAUACAGUGAGUCUACAGGAGGGGAGCACUGUAGUCACAGUGGAGAUCACUGCAGCCAAAGCUGAAACCCCCUCCUCCUCUGAUAAGAUAUACACUGCACAGGAUAUGGGGAUCUUAGGAGGUAUCUUAGCUGCGUUGCUAUUAAUUGCCUUAGUCUUCCUUGGACUGAUGAUAUACAAACAGUAUGGAAUGACAGUCAAGUUCCUGAUUAAUAAAAAAUUCUCCAAGGAUUUCCCUGGAAGCUAUGACAAUCAAGCUUACAAGCAAGAUGAACAUCCAGAUCUGAGUGCCAACAAGCAGGAAAGCCCAGAAUACAUCAAUGUAACCAAGAUACAGCAGCAAUCACUUUCCUCCAGAUCUUCUACUGAACAAGAAAUUCAGGGACUGCAGCAGACUUCCUCAGUUCCCACCGUCAUUUCUGACCAGCAAGUGGAAGAAGAAGAGGAAGAAGAAGAGGAAAAGAUGGAAGAAGACACUAAGCAUGAAAAGGAAGUGAAAUCUAUCCUCAAAACAGACAGGAAUGAGGGGGACCCAGGAUACAAAGCUGUGUGGUUUAAGACCGAUGUGGAUCCAAGCGGAGAGAAUGUUCAAGUGAUUAAUGACAGUGCAGCAGAUUAUGAUGAUGACAGUGAUCAAGAUAUGCGGGAGAAUGAGAAGGAGGAAGAAGAUUACAAGGAUGAUCACUACAGAGGUCCGGGAACAUCCCCUGCCUCAGACAGUUCACCAUUCCAAGUGUCAGUCAACAUGUCUCCCAGAGGUGACAGUCAUGCAUAAUGGAAAUAGGUCUGCAACUGUCCCCACACCAAAACAGAGAAACAUUCAUUGCUUGGGUGAGACAGAGCCCACCUUUCUGCUCAGGGCAAAACUGAAAUGCAGGAGGACAAAGAUGCCUGUCCUGCAUGCAGAGAUUAAAGCCAGAAGAGAUUAUAACUAAUUCAAACUUCUAGUGAGACAUUGAAAUAUGACCUGGGAUUAUGUGUGGGGAGAACAUGUCCCAUCCUUCUUCCUAUUCAUCCUAGGGUCCCCUCCAUCACAUUCCCCAAGCUGGUAGGUAUAUUGGAGAUGUAGCUGAACAGACUUUGAGCCAUUUAUCUCAGCUCAUGGUAGCAAUUUAGUUGUAUGAUCCAGUGCUUUCAUCUCCUCUUGGUGGGUAAAUGAGCCAGCACAGACUGCUCAGCUGUUCCCUUUAGGUGUUGCAUGUUGACGUCAGCUGCAGGGUGUUAACCAGUGCCAGUCACUCUGACCCUGCUGUUGCUCCCUUGACUACAUUCAGGAGCUCAGUUCAGGACUUUGCUCUGCAGGAGCAGCUGGCAUGACACACUAGGGACAGCAGGAGUGCCACUGCAGGUCUCCCUCCUGCCAGAAAACAAACGUUCAGAUGACUGGAAGAUGCUGUUUCCUCUGCUGCUGAUAACCAAGGACUGAUAACAUGUUCUUUACUGAAGGAAUUUAUCAAAAUUUCAAUUCAAUUUCAAUACAAAACCAUUCACUGUGCUGUCCUUCCUUGGCUGUAUCCUAUAUUUCAAGGCAAAGAGCUCCUGCCAUAAGCUGCCUAUAGAAUGUUGGGUGUAUUUCCAACUCUCUGGACUUCUGGUAGCAAUAGAUGUCACUUCAAAGUGCAAGAUGUGGAUCAGCACAUUGCUUCCCCUGUCCAACAGGACUCAAGCUGUUCCUCUGCCAGGGUUUCUCUGAUGAGAGCAGCCCUGCUACGUGGACUUCAGGAACUGUACUUUUGCUGAAGGUAGAGACUGAAAUAUGGGAAGCAUUUCUCCUUACUGCAAUAAAGUAAUUUGCCCAGAAA